AUGAAUUCACCUUUCGCUUCCCCUUAUCCACAAACACCUACUCCCGGGGGCUCUUCUAGUGCACUUCAUCUAGGUAGACCACCUCUUACUUCGCUCAAACCAUUUGGUUAUCCAGCACAACAAUUAACUACAAACAACAACAAACAGAAAUCAACUCUAAUUCAAACACCUCAUCCAUUACCACGUGGACCACAUCCAUUGGCUCAAGUUAGUAUCAUGAAUUCAACUUCUCAUGAACUUACUUUACCAUCGAGUCAUGAAUCUUCAUUAGAUCAAGAUUUGGCUGAAUUCGAACGUAAUCAUCAUCAACAACAACAACAACCUACUCAUCAUCAAACUAAAUAUUCAACUCAUAUUAUGGAUGACUUUGGUACAGAAGAUGAAGAUGAAGAAAUGGAGGAAGAAGAUGGACAAGAAGAAGAUCUGGAAGAAGAGGAAGAAGAUAUCAUAGAAGAAGAAGAAGACGAAACUCAAAUCACUGAAAGUCUCGAUGAAGAAACUAAUAAUACGGAUUCAGUUUCUCUUCGUCUCGGUUUAUCUUCACUCUCACCACCUGGAAUCGGUCGUUUCUUACCAAAUCAUCGUCGAUUAUCUGCUGCACCAAUGAUAGAUUCAAACGAACUUGAUGAUGAUUUAUCUUCAGUUGCUCGAGAUUUCUCACGUGAUCUAUCAGCCCUUUCUCUUUCUCCCAUCAGAAGAACUUCGGCUCCAACACCACUUAGAGCAUUAGAACAGAAUCGUCAACAAUUUAAACCUAAACAACCUAAUCAUAAAUCACCCACUCCGUUCAGUGGAUUUGAAGGAAUGGCUCAAGAACUUCGACGCGAUUUAGAAAAAAUCACUGGAGUGCUUGCUGAUCAAAAUGUUCCCCCUAUUGCAUCUCGCGAUCAAAACAACAAACAAGCCAAUACACUACGUGGUACACUAACAUCAGAUGGUACAGGUCGCGCUCGAAGAGUAUUCGGAUCAGAUGAUCAACCCAAGUUAAAUCGACCUCACCAAGCUGGUCUCACCUCAACCCCAGUGAACAUGCGAUCUAAGAAACCAGUCUCGGUUCCAUCACCAAAUGGAGCAGUACCCCCUUUCAAACUGAAUCAGAACUCUACACGACCAACUCAAACUAAACCAUCAAUUCAAGUUGUUGAACCUUCACCUAAUUCUUAUUUUCAGCCACAACAACACACUAGAUUCAUGCAAUAUACCUCUACCAAUCAAGAUGGAUCAUUGACUGCUGAAGCAAAGAAAAUCGUUGGUAAUUCGGUUCGGGUACCUGAUGUUACUGGUCUGACGGACGCGUUGAGAAGUCCAGACAAACCUGAAUUUCAUAAAGGAUCAAGAGCUAAUGCCAAAGGAUCGACCGAUUCUACUAGACCAGAUGCUACCCUGGAUCAAGCUCUUACACUCUUAACACGUAGAUUGGUAGGAUUAGAAAAUGAACAUGUAUACUGUGCAGAUCAUAUUCAAGAUUUAGAAUCCCAAUUACGAAAAGAGAGAUCCGAAAAGAAGCGAGAAGGACCGAUUUCGUCCACAGGAAAUCAUGAAGUACCAGUCGAAAGAAUGGUACAAAAAUUAAAAGUUUAUACACGUAAACUUAAUCAAUCAAUUGAAUCACAUGCAAUAGCCUUAGAAGAGUUGAAUUCGUUUAAAACUCGUCAUAAACAUGUGAAACAAGAAGUUGGGAAUGUUAGAACUGAAGUUCGACAAUGGUCAGAAGAAGUGAUCGAAUUGAAAAGAGGACUUGAAGGAUUAACAACUGAAGUUAGAGAGAUUAGAUCAAUGAUUGAAAGUGUCAUGGAAGCUAGAUCUUUAUCACUCAGUCAAAGUAAUAAGAAAUCGUGCAAAGUUCAACCCAAGGGAUCAGGAAUGAUGAGACCUAUUGGAUUAUCGAAAACUCAACAAGAAGUCAAACGGCAUCAAGUACCUUUGAAAUCUAGAAUGCCAGCUGCCAGAUCUCAUUCUGAAAUCACUCUUUUGAAUGAUCGAAGCGGGAUAGAAGCAUGGAGGUCUCAAGCUUCUUCUACACCGAGAAGUGGUCAUAGUUUUAUUGGGGCAGAUGAGAUUGAAAGAUUGAAAAAAGAAGUAGCAGAAGAACAAGCAAUGAGAACUUCAACUAUAGCUCAUUCAAAACCAAAACCAUCAACAAGAGCAGUCCCACCGGUUUCAAAACCAUCACAACCUACACCUGGACCAAGUAAACCAAGCAAUCCUUUACCUACAAGAAUCAGUUCAGCUCCCAACCCCUUAACAACUUCAAAAACCAAAAAACCAACGACUAUGAAACCCAAAUCGAAUGGAGGAACUGGAGGAGGAUCGAUUCAAAUUGAUCAAGAGAUGAGUAGAGCAGAAGCGAUUCUUAAGAACGUUCCAUCUCAUGAUAAUUCGACGUGUUCAGAAUGUAGGAAAAGGAAAUUACAAGCUGGAAAUGGAAAUGGACCGAUUAGGAUCAGUAGUGCACCUAUUCAAUUGAUGAGUAAAGAAAAAGAAAAGCUUACAAGACAUUCGAAUGCAAAGGAAGAUGAUGAUGAGAAAGAAAAGGUUGAACCUCAAACUGUUUUGGUUAAAAUUAUUCAUGAAAUUGAAAACGAUUUUGAAAUUCAUCGAAAGAUUUUCAUUGAAUUAUCAGAAACUUAUCAACAAAUGAAUCAACCUGGUAUAGGUGAAGAUUUAAUUAAACGAAAAGUUUUAGGAAUUCAUUUAAAAGAAAGUGUAGAUACAUUAGAGAAAAAAGCUGAACAGAUUCAUGAGCUUUAUAGGUUAUUGAAUUUUAAAGAUAUUAAACUUUAA